AGUAGCCAUAAUUGAUAAUGGCAGCGGGAGUUUUCUGGCCUCCCGUCUCCAGUGUGACGUAGUUUUCCCUUCGCCCAAUCCCUCCGUUACCCUAGUAACAGUUGAGACGUCUGGGAAGAGAAGAAUCUUUCGUUCUGUAGGCUUGAAUCAAAAAGUGUCAGUCAUUUUGGUAAUACCGGGUUGGACGCCUAAAGCUGCCUAAACCUGCGGAAGAAAAACACCGGGAGAACUUUCAGGAAAAACUGUAUCCAACAAUUCAAAUAUGGCAGAAGUGAAAUCCAUGUUCCGGGAAGUUCUUCCAAAACAAGGUCAGUUGUCUGUGGAAGACAUAACCACAAUGGUGCUGUGUAAACCCAAACUUUUACCCUUAAAAUCUCUGACUCUGGAAAAACUGGAGAAAAUGCAGCAAGCAGCACAAGAAACGAUUCGCCAACAAGAAAUGGCAGAAAAAAACAGCAGCAAAUAAAUUUUUAAGGGUCAAGGUUUAAACUCUCUAGGUCCAAAUACUACCCCCCUUAUAUAAAAUUUGCAUGAAAUAAAAGUUUUUUUUAAACUUAAAAUAAAUGUACUCCCAAUGAAGAAUCAACACUGCUUCAUAUGUUUU